AUGUCAUAUCCUUACAAGUACACCGCUCACUCUGACAAGUGGGUGCUGGUUGAAGCGUUCAAGGGCAAAAGACUCUCGGAACUGCCAACACCAUCCUUCAUCGUCGACAGAGGAAUAUUUAAAGAAAACUGUGCCAAGAUGUUGCGGAAUGCUGUUCACCUCAACGCAGACUUCCGUGCUCACGUUAAGACUCACAAGACUCUCGAGGGAACUUUACUACAGCUCGGUUCAGGGGAGUUGAGAACCAAAAAAAUUGUCGUUUCGACACUUAUCGAGGCAUGGGGUUUGCUGCCACUUAUUAAACAGGGUUUGAUUACUGAUGUUUUAUUCAGCUUGCCGGUAGUUAAAAGUAGGCUCUCAGAGUUGACUGAACUCGGUGCUCUAGUCCCGAACUUGCGCUUGAUGGUUGAUAACAAAGAGCAGUUGGAAGUUCUUGCUGAGUUUAGUAAGGAAUACAAUAUACAGAAGAAAUGGUCUUUGUUUAUCAAAGUCAAUAUGGGUACGAACCGGGCUGGGUUUGACGAAAGCUCAGCUCUUGACGAAGCAUUACAUGAUUUGCUCAAAUCGCCUGCCAAAGACUACCUAUCCUUGUACGGAUUUUACUGUCAUGCUGGUCAUUCCUAUGCUUCUACAACAGAAGAUCAGGCAAGAUCUUUCCUAUUGAAUGAAAUCACCAGCGGCAAUGCUGCCUGCAAAAAAGCGUUGAAUAUGGAUCCUUCGUUAAAGUUACAGCUUUCCGUUGGAGCCACGCCUACAGCACAUGCAUCACAAAGCUUGGAUAUAUUAUCCAUUGGAGAAUUGUAUGGAAAUCUAGAACUCCAUGCGGGAAAUUACCCAUUUUGCGAUCUUCAACAGAUGAGUACUCAUUGUAUCGGGCUAAAUCAAGUCUCCUGUAGAGUUCUCGCGGAAGUCCUGUCUUCUUAUCCGGGAAGAGGAUCAAAGGGGCCAGGUGAGCAAUUAAUAAACGCUGGAGUCAUUGCUUUAGCCAGGGAGUUUGGGCCUCUUCCUGGGCAUGGAAGAGUCUACUCUUCAAAGGAGUAUGAAAACUGGAUAGUAGGCAGGUUAAGCCAGGAGCACGGUAUUCUGACUCCUUUGGAGCAUAUGGAAACCAAGAUGAUACCUUUAGGAACCAAAGUUGAAAUCGUUCCUCAGCAUAGCUGUAUUACGGCAACUUCAUAUCCAUGGUAUUUCAUUGUUGAAAACGGAGACAUCGUGGUAGACAUUUGGGUUCCCUGGAGAGGUUGGUAA